UUUAUGGUAUAUAUUUAAGAUUGCCUACCUACGAAUGAUUCUGAUACUUUCUAUGAUUUCUAAUGAUUCAUAAUUUAAAAAUAUGAUUGCUAAAUCGUAUAUGGACUAUCUGCUCAUAUGUUGGCGAAUCAUAUGGCAUAUUUUCGAAACUACUCCGGAUAAAUGUUCAUAUUAUUUACCAAUUGCAUAUACAACAUUAUUUAUUCUGGGAAUUCACAUGAUGUGGUGCGGUUUUCUGGAUAUAUGUAUUAGUAAAUAUUGGAGAAACUAUAGAGAUGUCUCACUUUGUUGGCAACUUAUAAUUUUUAUAAUAAAAAUAUUUGCAGGAUUUUGCUUAUCAGAAAUUAUUUUAUCUCUUUUAUGUUUUCACUGUACUUAUGAGAUCGUAGUAAGUAGUGGAGAGAGAUACUUAUUAAUAUUUCCAGCUGUUACAAUACAAAAGUAUCCUACACUGGUAGGAUAUCUUUUAAUUUGUUGGGUAUUUUUUGGUGGAUUGUACUACUUUGAACCAGUUAAAGAAAAAAUAAAGAAAAGUUUUAUAAAACUCUUGAACAUAAUACUCUCGCCGAAUAAUAAUUACAAUGAAUUUAAUUUACUGUAUCCGAUAUAUAUUCGUACCGUAGAUAAUCAAGAUACUUACCUGGAAUAUACGGAUAGUUUAAGUGAUGAACAAUUUUAUAACGAAAUAGAUGAUUUUUACCAUAACGAUUUCAUGGGUGACUGACAGUACGAAGGUAUUUUUAACCAAUGCGCAUUUAUAU